GUCUACUGCAACACCUUUUGUGAAUUCAUAUACAGCCGAAUUCUCCCUUCAUCCUAGCAUUUGGACAAAUCAGAAAUACGGCAUAGCACUUCAAUAUGAAACUCAGCAUAAUAACAGGAGUCUCUCCAGUCGUCUUGUUGCAUCUAAUGGUGCGGUCUUGACAGUUUCAGAAAGAGAACAAUGUAUUUCCAAUGAGAAGGAAAUUGAUUCAAGGACAUUAUGCGAUGAGAGCUUACAGCUUGGAAGUAUCAUUCCUAGGAAAUCAAGGGAAAGUGGUAAUGGGUCUUCAAUGCCCGACAGUGCAAGAGAUAGACCGUCGUGUGUGUCGUCAGAUGAAGGCCAUGGCAUUGAUGACACUAACAGCAAUGAAUAUUUUAUUAAGAAGCAGCGAAGCAAUUCGAUGCUUGCUAAUGGUGAUGCUGCUGAGAAGGAGGCUACUGAUACUGAAAACUGGAAUCCUGAUCAUGUGAAUAGAGAUUCUGCAUUGGAGGCUGUUGCCGUUAAUUCUGCUGAACUGAAGGCCAACUUGCGAAGCAAUGUAACUGAGGCUAAGCCCCAACUUUCUAAGCUGGAAGAGGACGAAAUAAGAAGAGAAAGAAAAAGACAGUUAAACAGGGAAUCAGCGCGAAGAUCAAGAAUACGCAAGCAGCAAGAACUUGAAGAACUACAAAAUACUGUGGACAAUCUUAUCCGCGAAAAUUCCGCACUGAAGCGAAAGCUAAUGAGACUUUCCGAGGAUUGUAUGGAGCUCUCUGGUUCAAACGACUCCAUUGAGAGAGGUCUCAUUGAGGAGUAUGGACCAGAAAUGAUUGCCGAUCUUGUGGCCACCAAGCCAGGUAGAAUCACUUCUGAAGUAAGCCCAAAGAUAGUGAAGGAAGCAGCCGAUCAAAAUCCAUCAAUUGAAGUUACCGGCCAGUGUUAACUCUAGUUACUGGAUAGGGCCAUAUAUUUUUUGCCUUUUAUUAAUAUAAUUUUUUGUUCUUUAAGUUUA